CUUCUCCGCAGUGAAACCCAUCGCUUUCCCCUCCAGAAUUCCCUGCACUCCCUGCUCAGACACAGAAACUUAGAGAGAGAAAGUACUUCCCUAGUUUGAGAGAGAGAAAGAUUGAGUCCUUUAGAGAGAGUUGGAGUUCUCUAGAGAGAGAAAGAGGUGGGACUGAAGUCUUUGUCGUCAUCCUCUGCUUUAUUGUAGAGCUUCUUAAAAUGGCGGUUCUGAUAAGUACUCUGAAAACACAGGCAAUCAGCUUCAGAAGGAUGUUCUUCUUCUGAUGUUGGUACUGAAUCCCCGCUUUGAAAGCAGCGCUAUUUAUUAGUAUUGAACAUAGGCAUGGCUUUUUGUACCAAGCUUUGUUGGGGGAGAUCAACUAAUCGGAAAGGAGCUGAUAAAAAGGGUACCUCUUGGAGGAUAUUCUCUUUGAAGGAGCUGCAUUCUGCUACCAAUAACUUUAACUACGACAAUAAGCUCGGAGAAGGCGGUUUUGGAAGUGUUUAUUGGGGUCAACUCUGGGAUGGAUCUCAAAUUGCUGUAAAAAGGCUGAAGGUCUGGAGCACCAAAGCUGACAUGGAAUUUGCAGUUGAGGUUGAGAUCUUGGGUAGAGUCCGGCACAAAAACUUGCUCAGCUUACGAGGCUAUUGUGCAGAAGGACAGGAACGACUUAUUGUUUACGAUUACAUGCCCAAUCUGAGCUUACUCUCACAUCUUCAUGGCCAACAUUCAGCCGAAGGCCUUCUUGACUGGCACAAGAGAAUGCAGAUUGCAAUAGGAGCAGCAGAGGGAAUUGUAUAUCUUCACCACCAUGCGACACCCCAUAUAAUUCACAGGGAUAUUAAGGCCAGUAAUGUGCUGCUAGAUUCAAAUUUCGAAGCACAGGUUGCCGAUUUUGGCUUUGCCAAACUGAUCCCUGAUGGCGCUACCCAUGUUACAACACGAGUAAAAGGCACUCUUGGCUACCUUGCCCCUGAAUAUGCCAUGUUUGGGAAGGCAUCAGAGAGUUGUGAUGUUUAUAGCUUUGGCAUUCUUUUACUUGAGCUUGCUAGUGGAAAGAAACCAAUUGAGAAACUGGGAGCUUCAAUGAAGCGCACCAUUGUGGAUUGGGCUCUUCCAUUGGCUCGAGAGAGAAGGUUCCACGAGAUAGUGGAUCACAAGCUCAAUGGCAAAUACAAAGAGGAAGAAUUGAGACGGUUGGUGCUUGUUGCACUUCUUUGUGCUCAAAGUGGGUCUGAGAAGAGACCUACGAUGCUUGAGGCAGUUGACUAUCUCAAAGGGGAGGCAAAAGAGAAGUUUGCAAACUUGGAGAACCAUGAGCUUUUCAACCCAGAGAAUCAGAAGAGUGCAGGUUAUGCAGAAGGAUUAUCAGGUACAGAUGAGAGCUCCGAGUUUAUCUUGGAUGAUAAAGAGUUAAGAGGAGCUGCUCAUUCUGGAACUGAGGCAGGACACUUAAGCUAAGCGUCCACACUAAGAAAACAAGUGUGGAGAAGUUAAAAGUUCCGCACUAAGAAAACAAGUGUUCGAUUAAGAUCUAUAGGUUUUGUGUUUCAUCCAAUGUUUUGAUAUACGAGGGCAAGGCAACCAAUUUCAGAUCCCAAUACUUGAUGUAAUUUAGCAGAUUGUAACUACUGGAACAGGGAAAUUGACUCCCAAUGAUUUGUUCAAGCUUCUCUGCACAGUGGUUAGUUUAUUGGGCACUUUGUGUUUGUAUUAUGGGGAAGGUUUUUCAGUGGUUGGAGAUACUUUCUGUUUCUUGAGGGUAAUAUUGUGGGUACCUCUGUAUCUUUGAACAUGGUAUAGUUUUAAAAUUUGGAAAUGUAUCAGGUUGUGAGUUUGUUGUGAACAAAUGGGAAAAUCCUUUUCAAUUC